GUUGUUCUUGUUGAUUGUUGUGAAUUUUAUUAGAUGAACAAAAGUAAUGUAAAAACAAAAUAUCCCGCAAAUUAAAAACUAUAGUUUAAUAGUUUCAAUAUAACUUAAUUGCAAUUGGGUUUUAAUUGAAUACAGUAUACAUCAUUUAAAAAAAUGACUAGUGAGCUGAACUCGUAUUUUCUCUUUAAAACACGAUUAAAAAGGUCAAAAUUAAUAUAAAGGUAUUAGAUGGCGUAUUUGAGAACUAAUAGUGAGUGAAAAUUAUGUGUUUAGUAGGGAAUGAGCAUAAAAAUAAGUGAAUACUGCACCUAACCUCACCUAUAAUGAUUUGGUUUCUAUUUCAAAAACAACGUAUUAGGUUAUACGUUUUAUUAGUCAGGACUUUUAAUUUGCUUUUCUAAUAAACUUAUUUCAAAGGUUUUCUUGUUUAUUUCAGAUAUUUGUUUUGUUAUGAACAAUUUUUACUCCGGUUAAUUACUUUCCGAAUUAAAAACCGUUACGUGCUUAGUUUUGUAUAAAACAAUGUGUAAGGCUAGAUUUUCGGUGAUGCCGCUUAAAAAUGAUAAAAAUUACAAUGAACAAUUCUAAAAACAUCAGUAAUUUUAAAUUUCGUCGCAAUUUUGAUGUAAUUUGCCAAGCAUAAACAAUGGUCAAAACAUAAGACGAGUUAGUUCGAAAAUGUCCGAAGAUUUUCAUGAUGAAAAUAAUAGCUCAAAAUUGUCGAAUUGUGCUAAUCCCUUUGAAAAUUCAAAUGAAAUAAAUACCGCAGAAAACAGCGAUUAUAGUGACGAAGAAGAUAUUAAUGUCAUCGAAAAUGUGUUUACUAAUCAUUUGCAAAACGGGAAUACAAGUGAAGAAUUAAACAGUAGUGCGUCAUUCAACUGUAACUGUCAAACAUCUGCCAAAAGUGAGGUUAAGUUAUUUUCUAACUGGCUAAGGCUCACUUCUAAUCUUUUACUAACUGAGUGUGAUCGUAGUCUCGAACAAGAAAGGGAGAUAUCUCUUUUACGAAAGGAAAAUGAAAUGCUUAAGGAAAAAAUAAGUCGUUUGGAGAAGGUUAUUCCUCUACAACUUAAUGAAAAACAAAACACAGAAGACAUUAUUUUUAAACCAACCACAGAAGACAUUAAUUACGAGGUUAUUUUAGAAGAUAUGACCCAAGGCCCUUUGAAAGAAGAAAUACAAGAGGAAGUUCAAGUUGUAGUUCAACAAAAUUCUCCAAAUGAUCAUAGUUACACCGAACUAAGUGAUUAUAAGACUGAAAACAGUCUCAGUUUACUUACUUGUGAAUCUCAAACACCUACUGUGACAUUAAGUGAUGUGAAAGAUGAAGAAAAUAGUGUACAUAGUGAAACUGAACUAAACAGUGAAGAACUUUUAAUAGAAAAUCUAGACGAUAGUUGGAAACACGAAAGUGACUUUAAUUUAGGUGACAAUAUAGAAGUGUCUGGUUAUCAUUUCUCUGUAAACAAUAUUAGUGAGUUUGAUCCCAUGAAAAAUUUAAAAAUGAGUAUCAGAAGGAAAAGAGUUACUAGUAACUCUUCUGGGUUAUCACAUAAUGAAUCUCUCAAUUUGGAGGAAAAAAGGACAUACAAAAGGAGAUAUAAAAAGAAAAAACGGCGGGUCACCAAAGAUACAAAUGCUUUAACAUCCUUAGAACCUUAUGUUACUCAAUCACAUGACGUAAAUUUGGGAAUUCCUGCGAUAGAAGUUGAUGUAGCAGAAUGUACGGAAGCUGCGUUAGAGGUACCUCGGUGGCGGCAUAAACUUUAUGCAAGUUGUUAUACAAUGGAAGGCACAGAAAAUCUAGAUGACGAAGUCUUCAAUAAAAGACAUAUGAGGUUAGAGAAUGACGAAAGGAGGCGAAAACGAUGGGAUGUUCAGAGAAUCCGAGAGCAGAGGGUUAUUGAGAAGUUAAAACAGAGACAGGAACGAGCCGGUUUGGCGUCCAAAGAAGAAGACAACGAACUGGUUACGUCGUUAUGGCCAAAAUUAGAAGAUAUCAAAUUCUUGGAAGUCAGUGAAGAGUUACCAGUAGCUGCCUUUGGGCAUCCCAUAUCAAAAUUUGAUCCGUGCGAAUUUCAUGUACCUUGGAUGGACAAUCCAUCGAUCCUGAGCAAAAAGUCACAUUCUCGAAAAUCAAAACUAAAGAGGCGAUGUACUAAAAGAUGAAAUUUGGCUUAAGCUAAAUAAAAUGGUACCUGGAUGACGGCAUAAAACCCUGAAGAAGACAAAGAAAUUUUUUGUAAAAAUUGUAAAUAGCAGACAAAACCAUUUCCGUUCUUUGUUGUGUAAGUUUUAAAGAAAUAUUUAGAUAAAUGUGGACUAGCCAGAGCAAACUGUCGUUUGUUAAGCUUCCAUUAUUUUUGUGAUUUUAGACUUAUGUAUGAAAUAUGUGCUGAUUUUAAUGAGUUGAAGAAGUUAUAGUUCAAAAGUGUAUUCGUAAAAAAAUAAAACUUGGAUUUGCA